GUCGUAUUUGAAGUGGGUCAGUUACAUGUAAACAAAAACUAAGUUAUUGGAGCAAACUCUAAUAGAUCAAUUGAUGAUUUGAUGCCUUAUCAGAAUGGAUUUUCAGAUUAAACCUCCCAUUUUAAACAUUAUUCUUAAAUCACAACUUUCCUUAGAUGAAAAUGAGCCCAAAGUAACUUGUCUGGGUGAUAUCAAAUGUUCACCAAAGUACCAUAAUAAAAAAGUUAAAACCUUGGGUGUUAUAUUUGAGAAUAAAAUUGCCAUCAGAGACAUUGAUUAUGUGGUAAAAAAAAGAAAACAGUUUAAACAAAAACAGUUCGAGAAGAUUUUUAAGGGUGCAGUGAAAAUCCUGAAGCGUUAUCCAAACUAUUGGCUUGGGCACUUAUUCGCUGGUGCAUCAGCAUUUAGAUGCAGAAAAUAUGGCCCUUUUGCUACAUUCUAUUUGUCAUCUGCAGUCCUUGUCAAUCCUAACUGCUUAUCAGCUUGGGAUGGUCUACAAAAAUAUUGUAGAAAUGACAAAGCCAUCAGUGGCGAUGUAUUUGAAACAGUUUUCAUUGGUUAUCUCAUGAAUGAAAGGAAUGUUGAUAAGUGGAAGGAUGCUGUAAGAUAUGUUUUGAGUAGUGAGAUAUCUUUCACUUCUAGAAAUCCAUUUAAGAUCAUAAUUUCUCUUCUUAAGCAGGAUUUUAAUUAUGAUAAUGACCAGAAAUCUUUCCUAGCCAAUGUCAUAUUUGAUUAUUUAUUAAGCCAAACCAUAAACAUGAAGCCUAGUAUUGAAUAUAAUAGUAUUAUACCCGAUAUAGCAGUAGCAUCAUUUAUUUUGUAUUGUGACAGUAGUGCUAGUCAAGACCAACUGUUUUACUCCGAAGCUCUGAGUUUUUUGUAUUAUCUUACUGCUGUUAGACAUACUCAUAAAUUUAUUUCAGGAACAUCGGAAUCUAUUAGAAGUUUGACCUUUGCUAAUCCUGAGUUCAUAAUUGAUCUCAUUGAUUUUUUAUUCACGAAUAACCUGGAUCCAUGCUGUUAUUUAUCGAGAACCUUGAUUGAUGAGGGUGCAAAAAUAAAUGUAUUUUGUAACCCGACUCGGGAUUUCAAACCAAUAGCUGGAUUUCUCCUUUCAGCUAUUUCAUAUGCAUUUAAUGAUUUCGCAAGAGUUCGUGACUAUGGGCCAAGGUAUAUUAAAGAUGAAAGUUGGGCUUGGAAACAAAACCUAAUUAGAAUUUCUAGUUAUAUUCAUUUGCAAGAUUUUGAAUUUGCAUGGACCAAAUUAUUAUGUGCCCUAAAUGAACAUGUUUCUGCAUUAAAUAACAUAGACGGUGUAGUGUAUGAAAGCAAAUCCUGUUCUAUGUUGCAUCUUGAAUUAUUUUUAAAGUUCUUGACACAUAGCUGCAAUAGUUUAAUGCAAAAAUUUGGAUUGAUUUUAUGUUUAAAGCUGAUUAAUUUGAAAUCAGAAAAUGUCCGAACACUGUUUUAUGCUUCUAUCGCCUGCAUACGUUUAAAUGAAAACAAAAUAUUGAAUUAUUGUCUUCAUAAACUUGUAAGACUUGGUGCUAUAAAUGAUGUAAUAUUCCUGUGUGCUUUAAAAACAGAAUCAUAUUCUGAUAAGAUAAUGUAUUUAAAGGAAAUACAGCAUCUACGGAAUACACAUUUAUAUUCUGCAAUAUUAUCUUUCAAAUUUGAAAAAGAAAACAAAGCUCUUAAAAGUUUUUACAAGGCUUCUGUAAUGGUUCCAGAUUGUGUUUUUCUGUAUGAGUGGCUUGGAAUUCAUGCUUAUAAAAACAAUGAUUUAUCGAAAGCCAAGCUAUAUUUUGAAAUAGCAUUAUUUUAUAAUCCUCAUUUGUGGACAUCAAUUAACUAUUAUGCCAAUAUCUUAGCAUUGGAUGAUCCGGCUUCCAGUAAGCUGUUUUUAAGCCUUCACAACAGUGAUAGAAAAUAUUUAACUUUUCAGCUCAUGGUCGAUUUAAAGGCGGGGCUCUCAUUUUUUAAAAAUAACCCCUCAAAAGAAGAUUAUUUUAAGGCUUGUGAAUACUUCCGCCGAUGCCUAAAAGUGUACCCAAAUAACAGAUAUUUCAAAGAAAUGCUUGCUGAAUCUUAUUCCAAGUUUGGAAUGAUUGGUUCCGGUUUAAAAUGCUUCAAAGAAUCCUAUAUUACCAAUAAUUAUAGACAUCUGUAUUCUGGAAGCAUGAUUGGAAAACAAUAUUUAUUUGUUAAAGGUGUUACAAAGUAUUUAAAAAUGAUGAAAUGUGUUGUUAAUUGUGGAGGAAUGGAUGUCUUUAUAGUACUCCACAACACUGCUCAUGCUUUCUUAAUCAAGUCAAUUAAACUUUGCUCAAAAUAUUAUUACUUCUUGUCCCAAAUCUACUGUCAGCAAGCUCUGUUCUUCUGCGUCCGUGCAAUUUCUGUCUCCGCAAACUAUUCUAGCAUCUGGAAACUGAUGGGAGAUAUCCUAUAUCAGUGUUCAUGCCUGGGAUAUUCAGCAGGGUUCAUUUACAUUCCUCAUUGGUUUCUGAAAGAAAAUGCUUCAAAAAAAAUUGUUUUAGUUAGACGGUAUCAGGCAACCUUAUUGGCGAUCAGGUGCUAUUAUGCAGGUCUAAAUACUCCCAACUGUUCAAAAGAAAUGAUGGUGUGCCUUUGGAACAGUAUUUCCGUUGCUUUUAGGAAACUAAGUUCCUUGAGUAACAAAGAUACUAAGCAAAAGCUAUUAACCUUUGGAAUUCAGUCGAGUAUCAAUAGUUUACAGAUUGACUUACAAAAUAGUUUGUCAUGGAAUUUACUUGGUAUUUUAAUUAAUGAUCAAGUUUUUGCAGUUCCUAAUCUAAAGAACCAUAAAAUCGCUCAAAACAAUUCUGUUACUGCUCUUGACACUAGCUUGAAUCUUGGCAGCCCAGUUGCUUAUUCACUAUUUUCAACAUGUAAUGCUGGAUUCAUUGCCAUUAGUAUGUCAGAUUUUGAAAAAGCUUGUAAAUUAUUUUUAUCUGCAAGAGGAACUUAUUCAUCUCUUGAUAAACCAUGGCUUGGUGAAAUGUUAAUUAAUCUCUUAUCUGGAAAUGUGACUGGUAUCAUUGAGAAUAUUGUAUAUCUGUAUCUGUUAACUAACCAUCACCCUACACUGAAUAAUUUUUUUACAUCUAUUUUAUUUUUGAGUCCUUUCUUGUCAAAUAAGUUUAUUAACUGUAUGGGAAGAAAGUGUAGUUACAAAUCAGAUGGUGAAAAUCUGAAUUUGAUGAGCUACUUCUUGUCGGGGACAGUUAGUUGUGAAAGGAAGAAAUAUAAGAAAGCUUUGAUUGACUAUAUUAUUGCCCUGAGGACAUGUCUUCCAUUUUCUUGCAAUCAUCAGGCUAUUGUCGAUUCUGCUGUACAAGAUUUGUAUAUUUGUCUACAUCAGCUCUAGACAAAAGUCAUUAAUUUUAAAUGAGCCUUUGAUGGAACAAUGAGAGUCAUCUUGAACUUGAACCUUAGCUAUUGAUGCAACUGGCAAUAAGAAUUAUUUCAAUCUUGUGAUAUUUUUGCCUAGUUUUAUUUUUUAAUAUUUUUUAUUAGUUAUUAAGAUGUAUAAACUGUAUAUUUGGUAUUGAUUUUAAAUGUAUUGACCAUGGUGUUGACUUUUACCAUGUUACUACUUAUUUUAUAUUAUACUAAGGAAGAUGACUGUGUUAUUAUUGAAAUGAAAGUCAAAUUAAUGUGAUGGAUUAAGUAAUUAAAUUAUUAAUUGGUUCUUAUAAAUUUAUUUAAAUUUUUGACAGAAUUAAACAUGGACAGGAUAUGGAUUAGAUAACCAAAUUGAAAUGAGCCUGGGGUAGUUAACACUCCCUUCUGUUCAGAAGGUUAAAUGUUUUAAUGUCAGAGACUGGUUGAUAAACCAAGAAAUAAUGUAAUUAAAAUUUAAUGUUGUUAAAACUGCAUGUUUACGUUAUUAUACAUAACUGUAUGUUUAUGUACAUUCAUUUUUACAAUAAAAGUAGUUUAUUAAUUUU